UCUCUCUCUCUCUCUCUCUCUCAAAAUAUCUACCAACACAAAAACACCACCACCUCUUCACACACACACCACACCACUCCAUUUCACACAAAAGAAUCUCAAACAAAAACUCGCUCAAAUAGUAACCAUCAUCAUCAACAAACAAAAACAACAACAAAGAGCAAAGAAGAAUAGCUUUCAAAUGAACCCAAUCCUCCUCCUUUUCUACUUAAUCUUUUCUUACACCACUUCUUACUAACCCUUCUCACUCAAACUAAGAGAGAAACUCAACCCUAAAAAAAAACUAAGAGAAAAAAAAAAGAAAAAAAAAAAAAGCAUAAACCAUGACUCUUGAUGAGUCUUUAAGAUCUCUUUCCCUAGACUACCUGAACUUGCUGAUCAACGGCCAAGCUUUCAGCGACGUAACCUUCAGCGUAGAGGGUCGCUUAGUCCAUGCUCAUCGAUGCAUCUUAGCAGCGAGGAGUCUGUUCUUUAGGAAAUUCUUUUGUGGACCAGACCCACCUUCGGGUUUGGACCCAGCUGGGUCCAGAAUCAACUCUGGUGGCUCAGCUCAAGGCUCAAGACCCGGUGUUAUUCCGGUGAACUCUGUGGGGUACGAAGUUUUCUUGUUGCUGUUACAGUUCUUGUACAGUGGACAAGUCUCUAUUGUGCCUCAGAAACAUGAGCCUAGGCCUAAUUGUGGGGAGAGAGGGUGUUGGCACACGCAUUGCACCUCAGCCGUUGAUCUUGCUCUUGACACUCUUGCUGCCGCUAGAUCUUUUGGUGUUGAACAGCUCGCAUUGCUCACUCAGAAACAAUUGGCAAGCAUGGUUGAGAAGGCCUCCAUUGAAGAUGUCAUGAAAGUACUAUUAGCUUCAAGAAAGCAAGACAUGCACCAACUUUGGACUACUUGUUCUCACCUCGUUGCAAAGUCUGGUCUCCCUCCAGAAGUCUUAGCCAAGCACCUUCCUAUUGAUGUUGUAGCCAAAAUUGAAGAGCUUCGUCUCAAAUCCUCACUUGCUCGUCGUUCACUCAUGCCUCAUCACCACCAUCACCAUGAUCUUGGUGCAGCAGCUGAUCUUGAAGACCAAAAGAUUCGUCGAAUGAGAAGGGCACUAGACUCUUCCGAUGUUGAACUUGUCAAGCUCAUGGUCAUGGGUGAAGGGCUCAAUCUAGAUGAAGCAUUGGCUUUACACUACGCUGUUGAGAAUUGUAGCCGAGAAGUUGUGAAAGCCUUACUUGAACUCGGUGCAGCCGAUGUUAACUACCCAGCUGGCCCGGCUGGGAAAACCCCGCUUCAUAUUGCAGCUGAAAUGGUGUCUCCAGACAUGGUGGCAGUCCUUCUCGACCACCAUGCUGACCCAAAUGUUCGAACCGUUGAUGGGGUUACUCCACUUGACGUACUCAGAACCCUAACAUCAGAUUUUCUCUUCAAAGGAGCUGUACCAGGACUAACACACAUUGAACCUAACAAGCUUAGGCUUUGUUUGGAGCUUGUUCAAUCAGCUGCGCUUGUUCUUUCACGUGAAGAAGGGAAUAAUGCAAAUGCUCCUUCUAAUUCCACCACUAUAUAUCCACCCAUGAGUGAUGAUCAUAGCAGUGGUAGCAGUGGGAACAACAUGGGAAACCUUAACCUUGAUUCAAGGUUGGUUUAUCUCAAUCUGGGUGCUACAGCUUCAGCUCAAAUGGGAUCAAGAAUGGAUGGAGAAGAUGAUAGCAGCCACAAUAGCCAAAGGGAUCAUCAUCAUCAUCAUCUUGCUAUGAAUAGGCAUGGGUCACAAGGUGGUUGUGACUCAACAAUGUACCACCACUCUCAUGACUAUUAAGCUGAAUUCACAUAAUAUUUAUUAAUCUAUUAUUAUUAUAUAGCCAUGGAUGGUGAAGGAGGAGGUGAAGGAAUGAAGUUCAUGAAAACUACUCAUGGGGAUUAUUGGAUUAUAUAUUUUCCGUUUAGCUAGAAGCUAGCUUUGUCAGUUACUUGCUUUUCUUUUUCAUUCCCUCUAUGUUAUGUUCUGUGGGGUUGUUUUUUUUGGUUUUUUGUAGGCUUUUCAAUGAUCAUCAUAUGAAGUGCAGUUUCAUUGGAGAUAGGAGAUGAGACAAGGGAGAAUCUGAGAUUUUUUGCACUAAGCUUAGGAUGUACAUGAUGGAGAGGAGAGACGCAGGUCAAUCUUUUCACACCCCGGCCUGUCAAAACUCCUUUUGUAUUUAUUGAUCAAUAUCUAAUAUCAUGGCCUAUUUAUUGUGAUUA